AAACUCGGUCGAUAUUCAGCUGGAUCAAGCAGAUGUCGAGAUUAUCGCCGAAUGGAAGGAAUGGCGGAGAAAUCGGAAUUAUCAGUGAUAAUUCAACAGCGAUUGGAAUGUCGGCGGAGUCCGCGUAAGAUUUGUGAUUUGCGUGAACUUUUCACCUACGACAAACGGCAGAAAGUAUACAUUCGCCACAGCUUGAAAGAAGAGGAAUCGACCUGAUCAGUCGCUUUUAAUAAAUAUGAACAGUCUGAGAAGGAAGAAAUGGACAUCAACUUCUUUUCCUUGCAAUAUACAGAUUUAUCUAAUCCCGGAAUAAGAAGUCUCUUUAGAGAAAUGAGGCUCCUCGCAACGUUCGGACUUAUCUUGAUCUGUAGCCAUACCUGGGCAGCUGCUGAGAAGGACCUUUAUGGCACCAAGUUAGAGGACUUUCUCGAAAAAUUCAGAAGCUCAAUUCGAGAUGGGAACAAGGACUUCGGAAUACCGCCCCUCGAUCCGUUUAAGAGUGACAAAAUACCAAUUAAACUCAACGAAAAAGAUAUUAAUUUAGACGCACUUCUCACAAAAGUCAACAUGCAAGGUUUGUCCGGGUACAAAGUCAAUAGCGGUGACUUCCGCUUAAUCGGUUUGAAGGUUGUGAUGGAUCUUACGUGGCCGUUGAUAUACGCAGUCACUAAUUACUCCAUGAAUGGUACCGUGGGUGGUACGGUGGCUCUUUACGGCAAGGGCGAUAUUGAAAUUGGUGCCAAAGAUUUGGAUAUCUAUCUGGAAGUUAGCUUAAAAGUCAAAGGCAAAUACCUGGAAGUCAAAUCCGUAACAUUGAAAAUUUCUUUGCGCGCGCUACAGUUUACAAUUACGGGUCUCUUCGACGACAAAGACAUGUCCGAAUUAAUAAGCGCCGUGAUUUCGGACAUGAUGCCCAAGCUGAUUCAAGAUUACCAGAGUGAUAUCGUAGGCGUUAUAAAUCCUAUCAUCGAGGACAAAGUUAACGGAUUCCUGGCCGAUAAGACAAUCUCGGAUUUAUUAAAAUUAUUGGGUUAAAUUCGUCAUCACCCGUUAUUUUUCUUUUAUUCGACGAGCACAAUUGGCGAUUUCAAUAAUACAAUUACAAUAAUAAAGAGCAAAUUUUGAAAGCGCAACACAAAUUCACGCAAUGAAAUAAAUCAUACAAAUUACAUGAUAUUUCAUUGAUAUUUCAGUCAAAUUUGCGAUUAAAUUUCUCUGACAGCCUUUAGGCGACUAUUUUCUUAUCCGCGCACAUUUAUUCUCUUCUCUCUUAUCACAAUUUCCCGAAUUAUUGAUAUCGAAAUGACAUACAUUAAA